AUUUAAUAAUAUACCUAGUAAAUAAGUAGGUACCUAUCAUGUCUUCCCCGUUCUGGAUUUGGUUGCAACCCAACCUAAUAAGCUGUGCCUUAUAAGCGCCGAAAGUUAUAACUGCCCUAGUCCGGUUUAGGUUUUACUCGAGCGGUGUCGUGCAGGCGACGAGGGCUGCUGAACCUAUAUCGUAUGGUUAUACUUAAGGCGUGUAUCGAAGAGCAUCUCUUAUAUUUCCCUCCAAGGACAUACUCUAGUCUCUAGACCCCUACUCAAAUACGACCCCACCAAUUAUCCUCCCCCGUAUGCUUCGGCAAUCAUGCUAUCCAAAACCGAGAUACGGAUCUUAGACCUGUUGCCUUCUUCAGGUUUGAAUAAUAGCGACGCCCCGAUACAAUGCCGAUCUCGAGUUGUUCCUUUUCCUACGGAUAUUGAUUUUGAGACACUAUCAUAUGUAUGGGGAACCGUACAGGAUGUCAUAAAUAUUAGUGUCGAUGGAAAUGAUGUCCCAAUUACAACAAACCUUGCGGCCGUUUUGAAACGCAUUCGUCUUGUAGGCGAGAUUCGGACUGUUUGGGUAGAUCAGCUGUGUAUCAAUCAACAGGAUGAGGAAGAGAAGGCUAACCAAGUCGCUCUUAUGGGCCGCAUAUACUCUACGACAAGUCAAUGCCUGAUUUGGUUGGGCGAGAUUGGGCAAGAUAUUUCACUCUCUGAUGCUCAGACUGGGCUAGACUUCAUUUACUAUGUCAGCGAGGGCAAGCGAAAGCAGGAGGGAACUUCGGAACUGAGCGUUUCUGUCGACUUUGACUCAGUGGAAGCUCUACGAGGACCGAUGCGAGCGUUGGAUUCGAUCGGCUUGAAAUACAACCCGUGGUGGGCUCGAAUGUGGACGCUACAAGAAGCAGUUCUUCCUCCUAAAGCCUGCGUCUUGUGGGGUCAAUUAUCCAUACAAUGGGAAACAAUCGUUUCUGCAGCUUCAAGAUGGAUAUCUCUUCCUUAUGACCCUGUUAUAUACGCCUAUUAUGAUACUCUCUACAAUAUUUUCUCACAAGUAAGGGGCCUUGUUUUCGCCAAGGAAAAUCGUCAAGGGCCUUUAGACACUGCGUUCCGCUGGAGUUUUCGCGGGGCAUCGAACCCCCUUGACAAGGUCUAUGGGCUUAUCGGGCUUUUCCCACCCGGAACUUUCCCCCGGGCUCGAGCAUGCGAUUAUGGACUAUCCCCAGCUACCCUCUAUGCUAUGUUCACCGCGGACCUGAUUGAACAUCACCAAAGCUUACAUCCCAUCGCCUUACGAUAUUUACGUAACCUUCCACAGAGUACACCAGAAUUACCGCGCUGGGCUUUCGACUUGGCCGUCAGUGGUCCUCAGUUCGCAUUCACUUUAGAUGGGGGUGACUAUGGCUGGUAUUUAAUGAGUACCUACGACUGCUAUAAUGCCUGCGGCGCAACCACGAUUGAUUGGUCCCGAUUCCGAUAUGACCAGACAUUGAACGCCCUAGAGUUGACAGGUUGCAUGCUUGAUUCCAUAGCAGUGGCUGGGCCAAGGCCACGCGGCGAAGAGCCUGACACUUCCAAUCUUUCACGUGCCGGCGUGGCUCGGAUGAUUCAGGACUGGUAUCAAAUUGCCGAAGAAUUCUAUCAAAACCAACCACGGCAUGAGUCAAUCUACGACACAAAUUCAUGGCCAGAGUCUUUCUGGAAAGGAUUAUUGGCUAAUAUCAAACUCGAUUCAGAUUCAUUCUCCGAAGGUCCAGCCACGUCGGAAGAUAUAGCGUUAGCAAAGGAAUUCGUUCGAACCGGCAGCAGAAACGAGACAUACUAUAGCAUGUUUGCAAACCUUGUCCACAGGAAAAUGAUUAUAACUAAGACGGGCUUGUUGGGCUUUGGCCCUCAUCAUGCAGAAGUUGGAGACCAGGUUUGGAUCCUGCCUGGUGGCAAAAUGCCGUUCGUAUUGAGACCAAGUGAAGGGCAGUCAUUGUCAACCAAUGAACUUCUUUUCAUUGGAUCCUCUUAUGUAGAUGGAAUAAUGGAAGGUGAGGCAAUGGAACUCGUUGAGCCUGCUAUUGAUAUUGUCUUGAGGUAAGAAUUGGGAUGGUGGCUGGUGUGUACUCUGCUGAGGAGAGCAAAGGGAAAAGGCGAGGGAGCCAUGGUCCUGCUCGGGAUAUAUAGAUAGUUUACUUACAAGUAAUAUUUAAAUCCUUCUAUGACGGUUUCAA